UGUGCUCUUAAACCCUUCUUCAUUUUCGUUUCUCUGAAACUCUAAAACCCCAACAAACAAACAGUCAUGGAUCCCAAGCUCUCCUUCGUCAAAACCCUCAUCCGAAACGCGAUUACGAGCAGGUCCUACUAUACCAGCCGGACCAAGAAGCCUACCCUCUACACGAAGAUCAGUCCUCUCGGAAAUCCGAACCAAAGCGUGGUUCCGGAGCUCGACGACUGGGUCUCCAAAGGCAACAAAGUCAGCGUUGGCGAGCUCCAACGCAUCAUUCGUGACCUUCGCAAGCGCAAGCGCUUCUCUCAAGCCCUACAGAUUUCUGAGUGGAUGAAUGAGAAGGGUGUAUGCAAAUUUCGGCCGAGUGAGCAUGCUGUGCAGCUGGAUCUGAUAGGAAGGGUUCGGGGGUUUGUUUCGGCAGAAGAGUAUUUCAGUAAUUUGGGGGAUGGAGAUAAGGACUGUAGGACAUAUGGUGCUCUUUUGAAUUGCUAUGUCAGGCAGCUCCAGACGGAGAAGUCCCUUGCUCAUUUGCGCAAAAUGCAGGAGAUGGGGUUUGCUUCUUCGCCUCUUGAUUACAAUGGGAUCAUGUGUUUGUAUACAAAUGGCGGUCAGCAUGAGAAGGUCCCUGGUGUGCUAGCUGAGAUGAAGGAGAAUAAUGUAUCUCCUGACAACUUCAGCUAUAGAAUCUGCAUCAACUCUUAUGGUGCGAGGUCUGAUCUUGAAGGAGUCGAAAGGGUUUUGAAAGAGAUGGAGGGGCAGCCUCACAUUGUCAUGGACUGGAAUACUUAUGCUGUUGUUGCUGAUUUCUAUGUAAAGGCAGGCCAAACCAACAAGGCGAUUGAUGCCUUAAAGAAGUCGGAAGUGAGGUUGGAUACGGAAAAAGGGCUUGGCUACAACUUUUUGAUUUCCCUCUAUGCGAAUAUGGGGAGUAAGGAUGAAGUUUUGAGGUUAUGGGGUCUCGAGAAGAGUGCUUGUAAGAGAUGCAUAAACAGGGACUAUAUAUGCAUGUUGGUGUCUCUGGUGAGGCUUGGUGAGUUCGAAGAAGCUGAGAUGGUAUUGAAGGAAUGGGAAAUGUCUGGAAACUGUUACGAUUUUCGAGUGCCACAGACUCUGGUAGUAGGGUAUUCAGCAAAGGGGUUGUAUGAGAGAGCAGAAGCUCUGCUUGAAGACUUGAUGGAGAAGGGAAAAGCAACCACCCUUAAAAGUUGGGAAAUAGUAGCUGCUGGAUAUGUCGCUAAGGGUGAGAUGGAAAAAGCUUUAAAGUGCAUGGAGGUUGCGCUCAGUGUGUGGACAGAGGAAGGACGGAAACCCAACAAUAGUUUGAUCACAACCUUACUGAGUUGGCUUGGUGAUGAAUGCAGUGUUGAAGAUGCAGAAGUUUUUGUUGGAUCAUUGAGGAAGGUUAUCCCAGUGAACAAGCAGAUGUAUCAUGCAUUGUUGAAGGCAUAUGUAAGACGUGGUGAAGAAGUAGAUAGAAUUCUGGAUCGUAUGAAGACUGAUAAAAUAGAUCAUGAUGAAGAAACAAGGAAGAUCCUUGACAUGAGGCCAGCCUAGUUCUGAUACCCCAAUUGAGCCUGCAUCUUUUCAGAUAUCUGUGGAGAUGAAUCAGAAUGGUGUAUCAAAAGGAAGUUCUAGCUCAAUUGAAAACACUUAUGAAAGUCGCAUUAUACAAAGCCUUGAUAAAAUCUCCACCAGUUUUGAACGACUCUAUAAUCUACUAGAGAAAAGAGAAAGGGAGAGACAAUAUACAGUUUGGGAUGCUAUCAAGGAGAUCCCAAACUUGGAUCAAGGUACUCGUUUCACGGCGCUUGAUUUGAUUGAUACCAAAACAAAAAAAGAUGCGUUCUUGAAGAUGUCCCCUGAAGAACGAUUAAAUUGGAUAUUCUACAAGAUGCAAGGAGUAUAAGUAUACGAGUUCAUGUGAAUUAUUAUGUUAUGAUAUCUUUUGUGAUGUUAUUUUGGUUGGAAUCUUCAAUACAUUCGUCUAUUGAGUUGUUUUAAAUACUUUUGGUUUAAACUAUUAUUGGAUAACUUCUUAUUUGUUAUACAAUUGUUACUCGAUCA